AUGGCUGCAACAGCCAUUUCCAAGGCAAGAGCCGACGCAUUGCUCACAGAGCUGAGCCAAGGUUUUGGUGCCAGAUCCUUCCAGAGGAAAAUCCAGCUGCUGGCGGAGAAGUCGGAGUGCGGAAAGCCAAAGGAGCUCGCCCAAGUGCCUGGCAUGCAGAGCUUGGCUAAGCGAGUGUACUGUGAGGUCUUUCAGCGCUACGGCUUCAGCAGCGACGACUCGUUGGUUGUUGUGUUGGAGAGCCUGUUGGCCGUCCAUCCGCAAUUGAAGGCGCAGGUCAAUCAGCUUUGGCAGGUUCUGGGGCUUCAUAGGGACGAGGACUGGCAACCGGGCGCCGAGAUGGACAUCUCGCAGCUCACGGUGUCCAUGGUCUCAGAGGUUUUGGCCGGUGACGUCCUGGACAUCCGCAGCUCGCGGGAGCGACAGUUGCUGCGCCUGGGAAACACUGGCACCGGCACGCCCGAAGCUCACAGCGCGGCGGCCAAGUCUGCGUUGGAGGCCAAGGUCUUGAAGCAGAUGAUUUGGUGGAAGGCAGCGCCGGAAGAUGUGCAGAGGAGGACCCAGACCCCGGAUAAGAACAUGACGGUGGCAGAUGUUUGGACGCUGGAGGGCGAGCACAUUCCAUCUCAUAUGGUUCGCAACGGGCACUUGCUUCAUGUGGAGGAGUACCCAGCGCAGGGAGACAUUUUGUCGGUGGCAGCAGCCCAUGCUAAGCGCGAGCAGCUGCGGGAGCUGCAGGCCAUGCUGACGGAGACGGAAGGCAAGCCGGACAAGCCGAACAAGCCGGACAAGGCCAAGAACGCUGGAUCAGCUGGAUCUGGCGCCGUGGCACUGGCGCUGUUGGCCGGGGUCUUCGUGGUGCUGUCACUUGGCGUUUGGAAGCUGAGCCAGCAGGCGAAGCGCAAGGCCAAGAGCACGUAA